AUGGAGAGAGACGAGCUGGAACAAAGCGCCAAGUACAACCAGGAGGUGUCUGCCUAUGAGGCACAGCUUGCUCGCUUACGCGCCCUGCUGGAGAGGGGAGAGGCUCACAGACAGACGCUGGAGUACGAGGUCGCCGUGGUGAAGAGAGACGCUGCAGCACAGAGAACCUGCUCCGAGGACAAAAUGGCUGACCUGCUCAAACACAACCAGCAGCUGGAGGACCUCAGCGCGGAGCUGCGUCAGAGGGCCUCUGAUCUGGAGAGAGCUCUGGUGAUCACGCGGCAGGCUCGAGAGGAGGACCAGGAGGGCCUCCAGGCGGAGCUGCACGAAAGGGACCAUCUGCUCCUCAGCACCAGAGCAGAGAAUGACCUGCUCCAGACAGACAAGAGCCAACUACAGGCCCUGCUACAGGAGCAGAACGAUACCCUGCAGAAGCUCCAGGAGAAGCUGUCACGAGUGCAGAAGGAACAAGAGAGACGAGCAGAAGAACUGAGAGUGAAGACCUCAGAGCUGAAGACCAGAACAGACAGGGUGGAGGAACUGGAGAGAGAGGUGGAGUCAGCCAAGCAGUGCAUUAAGGAUCUGGAGGAGAAUGUGGAGUCAGAGAGGGCUGCUCAUCUGGAGUCCAAGUUCAACUCUGAGAUCAUCCAGCUGCGUCUCAGGGACGUGGAGGCGUCUCUGUCUCUGGAGAAGAGCGGUCACUCUGAGGCUGAGUCCAGUCUGCAGCUGAUCAGACAGAAGUUUGGAGAGCUGGAGAAAGCGUACACACAUGAGAGAGAGUGUGUCCAGGACACACAACACGCACUCCAACAGUAA